UGUCAUGGCCAGGAGAACGAGAGUUCUAUGAUCAUACUGGGAGAUAUUCUCCCUUAGGCUACAUGGUAGGGUGGAGAUAGGUUACUUGAAUUAGCACCAAAAUUAUUUAACAUAAAAAGCUAGAAUUUAGUUAGGAGGAGCAGUCAGUGGAUUGUGAUAUGUUUGGUAGGCUUGCCUGCUGAGCUCUUCGGCAUUUCAGAUGACAUGUUGAAAUAUAGAAAAUAUGCCCCAAAGAACUUCACAUCAAUUGCUGAGUAAAUUUGCAGUAUGUGACAUUCCCCUUUUUGACAUAUGUGACUACAAUGUCUCAAGAGACCAGUGCAAGAAACUAGGAUGCUGCUUUUUUAAAGAAGUCUGCUAUGAAAAAGCUGUUCCAGCUUAUGUUCAAGGAUUUACUGCCUCGAUAAUCAUCAUCAUGGGACUCUUCAUUAUCUAUGUAAUAUACAGUGUUGUACAGGGAAGAAAUAAAAAAACAACUCAAAAGUAUGGAUCACAUCAAAAGAAGAACAAUUUGAGACCUAAGAUUAUCCCAGUGAAUCGUGAGGUAUCUGAUGAAGAAGUUAUGCCGAUUAAUGAAGAAGGGUUGGAAUAAAGAAACAUGAUAAAAUCAAGGAGGAAAUAACCAGUAGCGAUGGUUAAGGAACAAUUUCUUGGGCAGCUCAGGUUCCGUUAUUUUAUAUGAUGAAGCUUCCAUUUCAUCUGGAUAAAGAAUACAAAUGAUA